GCGAACUUUAUUUAAUUUUCUGAAGGUUGACAAACCUGUGGCAAUAAAACCUGUCAAAACACCAGUCCCACUUGCGCCUUGCAAUUUUUUUACUCGUUUUAAAAAAAAAAGGUGUAACCAAGGAAACGCAAAUAUUUUUUGCACGAAGGUGAGGAUCAAGUCAUUCUAGGCCUGUCCAUCUGUCAAUCACUCUUAUUUGUCAUUUACUUGUCGAAAAAUUCCACGAACAAGUAGUGCGCAGUCGGUCCUUCAAAUUGAUUUUCCAUAAAAUUGCCGAAAAUGUCGGAAGAAACAGCCAAAAUUCCCAAACCGCAAAUGCGUGGCCUGCUCCAUGCCCAGAUCAAGCGCAAUUUGAUUCUGACGGGAAUUACCUGCACCAUUGCUGGACUUUACAUGAAGUUUAUUUUCGGAGAUGGACGCAAGAGAGCUUACGCCGAAUUUUACAAGAACUACGACAUCAACAAGGAGUUCCACCGCAUUCGCAGGAAGGGAUUGUUUGACUCGUGCGACCCUUAUGAUGAGGCCGAUGACGAGGAAGACAAUAAUAAUAAUUGAGGGAUUUGCCUUUUCUUGUAGUUAACCGAGUUGUUAAGAUGAAAUAAAGACGAUCAAAUAAA